AUGCUCUCCCGCUUACUCCCCACCCACACAUCCCGGAUCAGCGUUCGCUCCUCCUUGACCCGGUCUUCAUCCAAGAAAAUCCAUACUGUUCAACGUCCCGCUGUGAACCGAAUCCUGGCGUCCAAGCCUCAACUUACAAAUCCAAUUGCCUUGGCUUCACGCCUUUCCUCGAUAUCCCGACACUUUUCCUCUUCUCCCGUUUCACGACAGAACUCACCUACAAUGGCUCCUGUUGAGGUCCAGCAGUACGACUACAUCGUGCUUGGAGGUGGUAGUGGUGGUAGUGGCAGUGGUCGUCGCGCAGCUGGCUGGUAUGGUGCAAAGACUUUGAUUGUCGAGAGUGGCCGAUCCGGCGGUACCUGUGUGAACGUUGGCUGUGUUCCCAAGAAGAUGACCUGGAACGCCGGAACUGUCAACGAGACCAUUCACCUGGGCAAGCACUACGGCUACGAUAUCCCCGAGGGCACUAAGUUCAACUACAAGUUUUUUAAGGAGACCCGUGACGCUGAGAUCAAGCGUCUGAACGGCAUGUACGAGCGUAACUGGAGCCGUGAGGGUAUUGAUCUCGUCCAUGGCCGUGCCCGCUUCGUCGAGCCCAAGGUUAUCGAGGUCGCCAACGAGGACGGAACCACCUCAAGAUACGCCGGAAAGCACAUUCUGAUCGCCACUGGUGGCCGACCCAACAUCCCCAAGGUGCCCGGUGCUGAGCACGGUAUUACCAGCGAUGGCUUCUUCGAGAUUGAGGAGCUUCCUCCCAAGAUUGCUGUCGUCGGUGCUGGCUACAUUGCCGUUGAGUUGGCCGGUGUCCUCCACGCCAUGGAUGUUGAGACCCACAUGUUCAUCCGUGGUGAAAACUUCCUGCGCAAGUUCGACCCAAUGAUUCAGAAGACCAUGACUGACCGCUACGAGGCGGCUGGUGUCAACCUCCACCGUGGCCACGGCGGCUUCAAGGAGAUCAAGCUUAUCCGUGACGGAAAGGGCAAGGACCGUCUGAUCAAGCUGAUCAGCAAUGACGGUUCUGAAAUCGAGGUCAACGAGCUCCUGUGGGCUGUUGGCCGUGCCCCAGAGGUUGAGGAUCUGCACUUGGAUAUCCCCGGCGUUAAGCUGAACGCUAGCGGUCACAUUGUGGUUGAUGAGUACCAAAACACCUCUGUUGAGGGCAUCUAUGCUCUCGGUGAUGUGACUGGUCAGGCUGAGCUGACUCCAGUUGCCAUUGCUGCUGGUCGUCAACUCGGCAGCCGUAUCUUCGGCCCCGCCGAAUUCAAGACCGCCAAGAUUUCUUACGAGAACAUUCCCACUGUUGUUUUCUCUCACCCCGAGGUUGGAUCAAUUGGUCUCACUGAGCCCGAGGCCCGUCAACAAUAUGGCGAUGACAAGAUUAAGACCUACCACACCAAGUUCACCAACAUGUACUACAGUCUUAUGCCAGCCGAGGAGAAGGCCAAGAACCCCACUGAGAUGAAGAUCAUCUGUGCUGGUCCUCAAGAGAAGGUCGUUGGUCUCCACAUCCUGGGUCUCGGUGUUGGCGAGAUGCUCCAGGGUUUCGGUGUUGCCGUGAAGAUGGGUGCCACCAAGGCUGAUUUCGACAGCUGUGUUGCCAUUCACCCUACCAGUGCUGAGGAGUUGGUUACCAUGCGAUAA